GGAGGAGGAGGAGGAGCACCCUAGUCCCAGUGCCAUGCUCUCUGUGCUCUCUCUGCUCUCUGCCUUGCUAAUGCUGUGCUGUGCCCCGGCGCUCCCCGCAGCUCAGCGGUGCUGGUUGGUGGUGGUGGAGGGAGGCACACCCGCUCUCGCUCUCGCUCUCUCUCUCUCGCCCUGUGCUUGUGUUGGUGCUGGCGGUGCAGCAACGCUUCUCGUCGAUAGGGGCCCAUAACCAUGAUGCCCAUGAUGGCCUCGGCGGGAAGAAGAGCCCCUCAGCAGCACUGCACCCGGACAGCCCGGACAGGCAGUGAGUGCUCCCUCCUCCUCGUAGCCAGGUUGCUGCUCUGAUCGCUGGGCGGUGCCUACUUUCUUUUCUAGCGUGCGUCGUGGGGUUGUGAUGGGCCGCGGCCUGGCGCGGUGGUUGCAUUUGUAGGGUUUCUGCGGGGGAGGGAUUUCGUGUUGGCCAGGGUCGGAAGUAGGGUGCGGCGAUGGAGCCGGAGGUCAGCGUGGAAGGGGGCAGCAUGAUACGGGUGGCGGUGGUGGCCAUCGGAGAGAUGCCCCCAUCGCAAUUCCGCGACUACGUAGAGAUGUUAGUGCAGCAUGCCCAGAUUCCGCUGUCAACUGUGAGUACUUAUUACACCGAGCAUCAGAAAAGCCCGUUUUCACAGCAGCUAUGGGAAACGGGAAGCUUGUUGCUGAAAUUUAUGGUGGGCGGUGCGUCGAAGAGUCCCUGGGAAGACUUCCAGGCGCACAGAAAGAUUCUGGGAGUGAUAGGAUUGUGCCAUCUUCCUCUUACGCCAGAUAUUAGUACCGCGUAUGACCAGUUUCUGACGAUCUGCAAGGCGUAUCCGUCCGCCCAGGUGACUAGAUGUUUUGCGUUUCAUCCGACGGAUGUUCAGAUAGACUCGGAUGAUGAGAAAAAGAAAGAGUUUCUGGUGAUGUUCCCGACCAUGGAUCGCCAGAAGCUGAAAAGCCACAUGCAGAUUUUGAUGCAGGACUUUGCGGCGUCGUUGCUCAUGGCUUUCGAGAGCUGGGUGCUGCAUCUCAAACCCGUGCGCCUUGUCACACCGUUGGAUUCCCAGGUUUCUCUUACUUCCGACGAAGUGAAUAAGAAGAGGAAGUUAGGUCGAGUUCAAAAAACGAUGGGGGAUUAUUGCUUGCUCGCAGGGUCACCAUUGGAUGCCAAUUCUCACUACUAUACUGCUAUCGAAUUAGCUCGGCUCACUGGCGAUAGUUUGUGGCAAGCCGGAGCCAUUGAGGGUUAUGUCUGUGCUCUUGUUUUGGAUCGAGCUGGGCACAAAGAUUAUUUGUUGGAACAAGAAGUGCAAUUUCGAUACUCAGAGGUAAUCCAGCUCUAUCGCAGGGCUACGGCAUUGUCCUUUGAGCUGGAAGCAACUCUGAAGCUCGCGAGGUUCCUCUGCAGGAAGGAGCUUGCGAAAGAAGUGAUGGAGCUAGUGAUGGGAGCCGUGGAAUGGUCGAAGGGUUUGAUGGAUGCUAGUGAUCGAUUGGUGGUCAAUGUGGAAGCGGCCCGGAUCUUUGCUGCGAUCGGCUACGAUCGAAAGGCAGCCUUUUACGCACGCCAAGUAGGUUUGUUGUACCAACAGCAACAUAGUCAUUGGGCUGCCGUUAGUGCCCUACAGGUAAUGUCCCUCACUGCAGAGUCAUACAAAUGCUUGAGUAACAAGGCGGAAGGGAAAGAGAGACAGGUGGGUGAAUGGAGCACAUUGCAAGUGGACGUAUUGUACGACAUGCUCUCUGCUGCAGUUCGCGCAGGGGAUGCAUUGGCUGCUUGGAAUGCGGCUGCUCGUUUGCUCAGAAAUCAUUUCCCUCUGAUUCCACCAAGUUCGCAAUCAACCUUGGCAACUGCUCUUUCUAUGUCUGCCAAGCGUCUUGACCCUGGGACGAGGUCAGUCGACCCAGGUAUUCCUUUCGUAAGAUUACACUCCUAUACUGCAAUGCCAGCAGAUAGGGAAAUUGUAAAACGAAGUGCUAGCAACAAGGAAUGGUGGAAGGGGCGCACUUCAACUGGUCCUUUCAUUUACACUCCUUUUACUGCGAAGGGUGAUGCUAACACUAGAAUUUCCGUCACAUGGGUUGUAGGGGAGCCCGUGGAAGUUUUAGUGGAGCUUGCCAACCCUUGUGUGUUUGAGGUUACUGUUGAGAGCAUUGCACUGUCCGUGGAGCAUACACAAUUCGAGGCUUUUCCUGUUUCGGUCACACUGCCCCCGAGUUCGGGUCAAGUUGUGUCACUAUCUGGAUUGCCUCUCUCAGUAGGGUCGCUCACGGUUAGGGGCUGCAUCGUGAAGUGCUUUGGAGUAAUAACAGAGCACCUAUUCGAAGAAGUUUGUGAAUGGGGUUCAGUGAAAGGGACAGCACUAUUGGAUGUCUUUCGGAGUGGGCACAAGGUUCACCAGCCUGCCCAGUAUGAGAAGGUAGAGGUGGUCCCUCCGUUGCCAAUGCUCGUGGCACGAGUAGUGAGUGGAGAAGGAGCCGCUGUUUUAUACGAGGGCGAAAUCAGAGAGAUGCAAAUCAGUUUGUCCAAUGCAGGCGUAGUACCGGUAGUCGAGGCUCACAUGACAUUAACGGGAAAACAACAGCAGCAUGUGAUGUGCAUUGGACACAGUGUGCUGGAAGAUGCUUUACCAUUGCCCCCUGGUGCCACUGUGGUCGUACCAGUGACUUUGAAAGCUGGCGCACCUACAGCUGAUAUAGAUCUGCGCAAUCUUGUGAGGCUUACGAAAGACACUGCAAGUCCGAUGCUGGUCAUUCACUACGCAGGGCCGUUGCUCCAAGAAGGGGCUGAUCCACCUCCUGGCAGGAGAGUAGCCUUGCCACUGCAACUGCAUGUCUUGAAAGGCCUGUGUCUCGUGCAAGCCAAGUUCUUAUCUAUGGAAGUGGCAGCGAACAUCAGCAGCUCACUUCCCGACUCUGUUGCUCGCGACCAACCGUCGGAGAGUGAGGAAAGUCUAGUGAAAAUGGAUCCUUACAGAGGUAGCUGGGGCAUGCGACUCUUAGAGCUGGAGCUCUGGAACGCAACGGAUGUUCUAUUUGAGAUUGUUGUCACCAGCAAAGAGGCUGGAGAGGGAGGAAGUAUGGUGGAGGAUGCCGAAUGUUUGUACCCUCGAACAAGGAUAGACCGAGAUUACGCUGCUCGUGUGCUUAUCCCAUUGGAGCGCUUCAAGCUAGCUGGCCUGGACAAAGCCAGUCUUGCACGAGUGUCUAUACGAAGAGAGUCCAUGAUACAGUCGAAGGACGGAAUAGAGCGGCAGGCCAAAGUUGAGCUGAAUGCAGCAAUUGACGAGCUCAGUUCAAAAAUAUGUGUGAGGUGGACUUCUGGGCGUAACAGUGCAGGGGAAUUGCCGAUAAAGGAUGCUCUUAGAGAAGCUCUGCAGGCAUCUGUACUGAAAAUUCUAUUGCCCGAUUCUUUAACAUUCGGUUUUCGACUUGCGAAAACCUCGAUUUCAGCUCCUUCACUAAGAAGCGUUAGAGACAGUGGUGACCUUGAUAGUCUUCCCGGGUCUCCCAGAAUAGGUCUGCAGAAGGUGGAGGCAGAUGAUGGAGGCCUCUCUACUGACAAUAAGGGCGGAUUUGGUGUUCGGGAACUGGCACCCAUUGAAAUGUUGGUCCGAAACAACACCAACGAGGCUGUCAAAAUGACACUUAGUGUCACCUGCCGGGAUGUGACUGGUACAAGUUGCUUGGGUGCUGCUGGCACCAAGGCAACAGUGCUCUGGGCUGGAACACUCGACAGAGUGAAUGUGGAAGUGGGAGCCCUUGGAGAGGUGGUGCACCGGUUUUCCCUCUGUUUCUUGGUCCCUGGUCAAUACACGCUAUUGGGUUCAGCUGUGAUUAAUUCUCAACCUGGUCAUGAAGCCUUAAGCUACACCGGGCCCCCCUUCGCAGUGGAUGUUGUAGAAACUAGCUAAUCUUUGCCAGUCGACAUCGCUGUGUCAUCUGAACUGUAUGUGAGAGCACGCACAGUGGAUCGCUCGACCAGGAGACCGUUUGAUAUCUCCUGAGCUCGUAGUGUCCCUUCUAGGUCUGCGUGUCAAGCCGCGUUUUCAAGCUGCCUGACGUGUUGAGCCCUGGUUACAGCGAUAUGGUACAAAUUCGUAGCUCGUCUUCAGGUGGCCAAGUUCAAAAAGAAAUGGGGUUCAGCGGCAUCCUUAUUCUGAACUAUGUCAUGCUGGGCGAGUACCCUCAAGAGAUAGUUUAUUCAUUUUUCUCCAAUAACCACAGGACAAGUGGAAUGUUAGCAUUACCUUCGCCCGCGAGGUUGGUGCAGGUUUACAUGUAGAACAAUAUUCUCGCUCUCCUGGGCCGUUACACAGUUUGUUCACCGAUGGUUGGCACUUUCAACGGUGGCACUGGUUCAACUGGUGGAGCAGGUCUAGGAUCUUUGCUUUUAAUUGCGGAACAGUCUUCUUUCCUGGGCCUAAAGCUCGCCACAAGCAUUUAUUCUGCACUUCAGAACACCGGAAGAAUGUACAGAGCUCAGCGGAAGUAAUGGGUGCUGGAUAUUUCCUAGUAUAGGCAAAAUGAGGCCUUGAUCUGCCUCACUCUGUAAUUGUAAUCCUCUGGAACUUGCAAACUGAUGAUGGUCGAUUCUCUGUAUGUUUGGCAAGGCUUAUGAAGUAAUAUCUUUUCUACGAAAUUGGAAAGUUGUUGAAAUUACUUA